GCACUGUGAAUAUCUGUAUGCUCAUAGCCAAGACUGUGGAGUGUGCAAAGGAGGGAGAGAGAGAGCGAGUGAGGAGGAGAGGUGGAGGGAAUACAGUCUGAUUUGGAUACAACUGGAAAACUACCAAGCGCGCACAGCACGCACCGAGCGGAAGGCACAUCGACGGUGCCUAGCCAACAUUUCACCUACUCCCCCCGGCUCCUGCGAUCGGAUUCAGCCGAGAAUGGAGCUCCCUGCCGCCGGAGAGCAUGUCUUUGCGGUGGAGGGCAUCGAGAAGAAGCGCAUCCGCAAGGGCAAGAUCGAGUACCUGGUCAAGUGGCGAGGCUGGUCUCCAAAAUACAACACAUGGGAACCAGAGGAAAACAUUCUGGACCCUCGUCUCCUCGUCGCGUUUCAACACAGAGAGAGGCAGGAGCAGCUGAUGGGAUACCGCAAACGGGGGCCAAAACCAAAACAUCUUCUACUCCAGGUACCGUCAUUUGCCAGGAGAUCCUGUAUCCCUGCAGGUUUCACGGAUUCAUCUCAGGACGCCGAGGUUAGCCUCAAGUCCGAUCCCAUCCCGGUCCAGCGUCCCCAGGCUCAGCAAUACCAGCUCAACAGCAAGAAGCACCAUCAGUACCAGCCCAGCACCCACGAGGUUCCCGCUGAUCAGCCAAUCAACGGCAAGAAGAAGUUCAUCUACCAGCUCAACAGCAAGAAGCACCACCACUAUGAGCCUGACCCCAACAUGUACGAGGCACAGGCUUCCAGACUCAAAGAGGUGGUCAAAGUUCAGGAACCGGGCAGUAAACCGGCAAAUCCUGGCUGGAACUUACCGCUGGCCCUGCAGCAGAAAUGGAUUCGAGACAAAGACACAGGCUGCUUGAGCAAAGUCAAAGAGCUGGCAGUGGAGGUGAGGAAACCCGCUGUAAAAGACGCUGAGAGCGAACAUGCCCUUAAACCCAAUCCUAAAGAUGCAACGCUGCCUAGCUCUAUUAGCAGCAAAAUGAAGAUAAUCAAGAACAAAAACAAAAAUGGACGUAUUGUUAUUGUCAUGAGCAAAUAUAUGGACGGCAAGGUUAACGGAGCAAAGGGUAAACACGGGGAAUCGUCGAGCGAAGUGAAACUCCAAAAUGCCAAACCGUCAGAAAACAGUCCAGCACACACAACCAAAAUAGUGGAGCACCCUGAGAAUGGGAUCCCCAAAGAGCUCUGCAACGGCAGCUCCCUCCCGGCUGCAGAGCAUCCCAUUAAGUGUUCCCACAAGGACAGACAUUUCUCCAAACCUUCUCCAAGCACAGCAGAGGAAUACAACACUGAAGUGGCUCGCGGUCAGGCUGAUUUACCGGAGGAUCUGCCUCUCCAGUUGACUGCUAGCUCGCCACUGACUUCCUGGUCUGUUGACUCCAAUAUCCUGACCCCUACAUCCGUCGAGACCAUCAGGAUCCCUUCUUUUCCUAACGACCGCAAGCGAAAGCUAUCAGAUCCUGUGGAGGACAGGAGCAUCUCCAAAACGUACCUGUCUUCCAGAAGCUUCAGCGUGCCCAGCACUGUUGUCACACCACCUCAGGACAAACCUAUGGACCUCCACUGUAGCGGCCCCCGCCACAGCAGCACAUGUACGUUUGAGGUUGUGGACAGCCAAGAGGAGCCGAUGGAUCUCAGCUGCCCAAAGACUAAAACGCAGGUGGAGCCGGAAGUCCAUCCGGAGCCUGAACCUGCUGUCACAAACACACCUCCUGUGGUAGAAGAAACACAGAAAUCCACAGAGAAAUGUAAAGAAGCACCUGUUAAAAAAGUCUCCCCUUUUAUGGGAAAUAUCAUAAUCACGGACAUUACAACGAACAGUCUAACCGUCACCUUCAAGGAAUAUGUUUCUUUGUGCUCGGUGGAUCUCUCUGACUUCGCUUGCCCCCCCGUGCCAGACAUUCCAUUACAGCAGCCGAGCAGCGGGGCUCCUCCCCCUCACUCAGAAACCGGAGCACGUAGCAACAACCGAGCCAAUGUGCGAUCCGUCCUACCGACUGCGGUGCCUGGCAACAGAAAAAGACGUGAUGACGUCCUCUCCAGAUUGCGUAUUAUGGGAAUCAUGGAGCUCUCUGCUGUCGGUGAGAGCGUCUUCGCAGCCGAGUCCAUCCUCAAACGGAGAAUCCGACGGGGUUGCUGGGAAUAUCUGGUUAAAUGGAAGGGCUGGUCUCAGAAGUACAGCACCUGGGAGCCGGAGGAAAACAUUCUGGAUGCACGUCUGUUCGCAGCUUUUGAGGAGAGGGAGCGCGAAAGGGAGCUGUUUGGGCCGAAGAAGAGGGGACCCAAACCUGAGACAUUUCUCUUGAAGGCCAAAGCCAAAGAAAAGACUUAUGAAUUUAGAAGAGAGGCUCCCAGAGCGAUCCAGGUUUCCUAUCCAACCCCGGAGCCUGUCAUAACUCCCAGGGCCCGGGAGGGUUUACGUACCGUGGUUCCCACAAUCUUCCCACCGAGCGCAGUCAACAGAGGUGAAAGUGUCCAAAUCCGACCACCGGAGCCAGAGAGGAGGCCAAGAACGACUCCAUCAGCUGCUCUGACAGACCUAGAACUUGGCGUCCGGAUACCUAAAAAGAGAGGGCGCAAACCGAAGCUACAUUUACAUUUCAAUGAAACAGUCGAUGGAGGCCUCUCAGAAGAGCCGAACACCAAACGGAGCAGGUCACUCGAGGAGCCAGUGUCACACGGAUUUUCAAACAUGUCCCGCCACUUGCUUCAUCACGGGGAGGCGUCAGAUCACAGUCUCAUGCAGCUGACACGGAGGUUUGAGGAGAAGACCACCAUCACACCCAAACACAGCAGCAGCGAGCAGAGACACGCAGGGUUGUCUUUCAGCGCGUUCAAUUCAGAUGUGCGUAAAAGGGAUCAGCUGAAACACAUGACUAAAUGUUUGAUGUCUGUGCGGCGGCCCAGCAGCUCUGCAGAGCACCGGAAGCAUCAGGUGAAGGAGUGCAGUCAACCUGCUGUCAGAUCCACUGAGAACAGUGACAAGGCCACGCAACCAGCCUCGUGCUGGACCCCCAGAUUGACCAACCUGGACACUGUGACAGUGACAGAUGUCACCAUGAACUUAUUGACAGUCACUGUCAGAGAGAGCAGCACGGAGAAAGGCUUUUUCAGAGAGAAGAGAUGAGUAUGCUCGGAUGUGGGUCAUACAAAAAAAAAAAG